AUGCCUGACAUCGCUGACGACGCCAACAAUCGGAAUGAUUUGAUGUCGAAAUUUCAAAAACUUCAAUCUGAAACCAAUGAAAUUCAAUCGAUAUUUUCCAAGCAAUCUUCAUUCGAUGCGACAAGUCUCUCUGGAAAUAAAAUGCUCAAGGAUUUGUGUGAAACGAUGAUAAGACAGCAAAACGAACAUAACAAAUUCAAUGAAGAACUUCUGAAGACAAUGAAAGAUCAGAAUACAAGACUAACAAAUCGGCAGAAUGAGCAAAACAAGUUUAAUGAAGGACUUCUGAAGACGAAUACAGAACUGAAACAUCAAUCUGAGCAAGUGCUGAAAGAGAUUCGAUCGAUUAAAUCAGAUUUUGAAGAAUCGAAAAAACAACAUUCAUUAGAGAUACAGUCAAUGAAGAAAUUGAUGAGUGUUCCGGAUUCAGCUGAUUCAUCGUUAUUUCCAGAUACUUCAGUGAAAAAUGAUACAUCAGCAAGUGUCAUUGGAAAGGAAUUCGUACUCAAACACGUCUUCGAAAAUGUUUCAGAAAUCGGCACGAGACCAGUUUUCAGUGAAGAAGCGGAGCAUUUCAAUAUUCCAUGUAUAGUUUCAAAUCAAGGAUCGAAAAAGACUCGAGAAUGUUCGAACGAUUUUGGUAAUAAAAAAGACGGCGAAAACUUCACUUCUUAUGGAUGGAUAACAUUUCUUGACUGGGAAAUCAUGGAAGAAGAAUAUGCGAAUGAUGGGAAAUUACAAGUAGAAAUUCGUGUCAAAAUCACUAAAACAACUGGAUUAUAUGGAAAACCAUUGAAAGAUUUUGAUGAGAGAAAUAAAUCAUUUUCGGAUGUUGUGAUUGUAGUCAAAGAGAGGAAAUUCUAUGUAUUCAAGUUGCAUCUCGCUGCUCAAUCCGUCUACUUCAAGUGGUUUCUAUCCGAGAUAUCUCCGAACGGAAAAGUAGAACUCAAUGAUAUCGAAUCAGAAGAGUUUCAAGUCUUUUUGGAAGUUUUAUACGGAGAACCAGCUAUUAAUGAAAAGACAGUGGAAGUCAUCCUCUACAUGGCGAAGAAGUACGUUACACACGCUGUUACAGCGAAAUGUGAAGAAUUCCUUAUCGAUGAAUCUGAGAAAAAAUUGAAGAAGAAAUUGCAAUUAGCAAUAAAAUAUAAAUUGGAGAAAUUGAAGAUGUCUGACACCACUGACGACGCCAAUAAUCCCAAGAAUUUGAUGUCGAAAUUCCAAAAGCUUCAAUCUGAAACCAAUGAAAUUCAAUCGAUAUUUUCCAAGCAAUCUUCAUUCGAUGCGACAAGUCUCUCUGGAAAUAAACUGCUCAAGGAUAUUUGUGAAUCGAUGAUAAAUCGUGAGAAUGAACAAAAUAAGUUCAAUGAAGAACUUCUGAAGACGAUGAAAGAUCAGAAUACAGAACUAACAAAUUGGAAGAACGAACAAGAAAAAUUUAAUCAAGAAGUUCUAAAGACGAAUAAAGAAAUGUUGAAAGAGAUUCGAUCGAUGAAAUUAGAUUUGGAAGAAUCGAAGAAACAACAUUUAUCAGAUUUACAGUCAAUGAAGAAAUUUAUGAGUCCUCCGGAUUCAGCUGAUUCCUCGGAAGCGUUAGUCUACCGCAAUGGAAAUUUUAUGGCUUUUUACUUGAAUUUCCCGAAAUCGAUAGAAGCGGAUGAGUGGUCAGCGCAGACAAAUAUCGAAUACAGUAUUGUUUCGAAUCAAGGAACGAGAAAGACUCGAGAAUGUUCCAAGGAUUUUGGUAAUAAAAAAGACACAUCUUGUUCUUACGGAUGGUCGAAAUUUAUCGAUUGGGGAAGCUUGGAAAAGGAUUUCAUUGUUGAUGGAAAGCUGCGAGCUGAAAUUUCCGUAAAAAUCACUAAAACAACUGGAUUAUAUGGAAAACCAUUGAAAGAUUUUGAUGAGAGAAAUAAAUCAUUUUCGGAUGUUGUGAUUGUAGUCAAAGAGAGGAAAUUCUAUGUAUUCAAGUUGCAUCUCGCUGCUCAAUCUGUCUACUUCAAGUCGUUUCUAUCAGAGAUAUCUCCGAACGGAAAAGUAGAACUCAGCGAUAUCGAAUCAGAAGAUUUUCAAGUCUACCUGGAAGUUUUGUACGGAGAACCAGCUAUUAAUGAAAAGACAGUGGAAGUUGUUCUAUACAUGGCGGAGAAGUACGAUACACACGCUGUUACUAAGAAAUGUGAGCAGUUUCUUAUCGAUGAAUCUGGGAAAAAAAUGAAGAAGAAGUUGCAGUUAGCGACCAAGUACAAGUUGGAACAAUUGAAGGAACACUGCUUGGACAACAUCAAUACUGCCGCAGAUAUUCGAUCGGUUGUGCCAUCAGAAAUUAGUGAUAUGGAUCCCUCGACAAUGGCAUCACUUUUCCAGAAAUCUCUAGCUUUUCUUGGAUAG